AACCCUAGAUUUAGAGCGCCUAUUGCAUUAGAAAAUUGUUAUUUAGGAGUACUACUUUCUGAAUUUCAUCUUCUUCCCCAAAAACCUAUUUAUUAUUCAUCUCACUUUUUGGUUGAGGCAAAACAACAAACACCUAAGCGGCUUAAAUAUCUCAGGCUAGGGAGGCGGGAGAGAGGUGGCAGAUGAUCCAAAAGACUCCGGCCCAGACCCAGAGGAAGAGCUACUGCGUGAUGGAAGAUGUUUAUGGAGUGGUGAUGACACCCAAGGUGGACCUUCAACAACUCCAUCUGCAACUUCAUAGCAAGCCCGCUCCUCCACACCUCAUUCUUCCUAAUAUUGGACGAGCACUUGAGGAUUUAUUAAAGACUAGAGAAGUGGGCGAGUUCCUUAGUGGGGCUUUUGCGGGGGCCAUGACCAAAGCUAUUCUUGCCCCUCUCGAGACCAUCCGGUUGGUUCCUGGUAUUCUGUUUUGCAAUUCACUUCUACAAGUAGUUCAGCUUAGGACAAGGAUGGUUGUUGGAGUUGGGUCCAAAAACAUAUAUGGCAGUUUUGUUCAAAUUAUUGAAAAACAGGGCUGGCAAGGGCUCUGGGCUGGGAAUGCAAUAAAUAUGCUUCGCAUAGUUCCCACACAGGCAAUUGAGCUUGGUACAUUUGAAUAUGUGAAACGAGCAAUGACUACAGCACAAGAGAAAUGGAAGCUGAAUGAUAGCCCGAGUUUGCAAUUAGGCCAUCUGAAUUUCAAUUUUUCUCUGUCCUGGUUGUCUCCCGUUGCUGUUGCUGGUGCCGCUGCAGGAAUUGUUAGCACCCUUGCCUGUCAUCCCCUUGAAGUCUUAAAGGACAGGUUGACAGUGAGUCCUGAUAUAUAUCCCAACCUAAGUAUUGCAGUUACCAAGAUAUACAAGGAAGGUGGAAUUGGUGGUCUAUACUCUGGGUUGUCGCCCACAUUGAUCGGCAUGCUCCCGUACAGCACGUGUUACUAUUUCAUGUAUGAGACGAUGAAGAAAUCAUAUUGCUUAACAAAGAAAAAGGAUUCUUUGUCUCGUGCUGAGAUGCUCCUAAUUGGGGCGCUUUCUGGCUUGACGGCUAGCACCAUCAGCUAUCCUUUGGAGGUGGCGAGGAAGCGGCUAAUGGUGGGAGCUCUGCAAGGGAAAUGUCCACCAAACAUGGCAGCUGCACUCUCGGAAGUUUUCAGAGACGAGGGUGUUAAAGGACUCUAUCGAGGCUGGGGGGCGAGCUGCUUGAAGGUGAUGCCUUCCUCUGGUAUCACAUGGAUGUUCUACGAAGCUUGGAAAGACAUAUUGCUCGUUGAAAGACGUCCCUCUUGAAAAACAAUGGUCUAAAUAUGGAGAAGUCAAUUUAGCCUGAACCAUCUUCCCAAAGGCUUGUUUUUUGAUGGUGGGCAGAUGAGGCCUGCAAGUUGAAGGUGAAGAAGAUGGAAAUUUUGGGUUGAUCUUACUCUUGAAGAAGUUUCAUGAUAGAGAAAGCUAACUAGCACAAUGAUAUUUGGAUUAUUGGGCACAAUUUUGUUUCUGGAUUUAUGUAGGCAGUUAAAACGCACAUGUUGCUCAGUUGAAUUAAAGCUCAUUUGUAGCAAGAUAACUAUGAAUUAUUCAUCCAAUCAACUUACAAAUUCCUACAACACA